AUGUCUUGGUUCGACGAACAGCACGAGAACGCCCAAGCCCACCGCGAGGUCAACGAGACCGAAGGCCACAAGGGACACUGGUCUCACCAAGUCAUCGGUGGUGCCGCCGCCUACGAGGCCAUGAAGGCCUACAACGACCACGAGGCGAAGAAUGGCAAGCCCCAGGACCAUGCCCAGGCUAAGCAGAUCGGCGCUGGUAUCGCCUUCGCAGCUGUCGAACGCCUCUUCGAGACCAAGGGUCUCGACUUCAUUGACAAGCAGAAGGCUCAGUACCACGCCAAGCAGCAGGUUGAGGAGGCCAUUGAGCGUCACUACUAA